AUGCAGGAAGCAAAGAAGAUGAUGGAGGUUCCAGAAAACCACGGAAUCAAGAACCCAGAUGCCCCAAGCGCAGUGGAUUCCAACUUCAUCACAGAUCUCAAACAGACUCAACAGCUCGAUUCAGGGGCCGCCCUUCAGUCAUUUCUCGAUCACAUUCCCAUCAGUUCCAUCCCUGGAAUUCAAAACUCUCCUGUUACGGAGGUGAAAGCUGGAGACACGGUGAAACAAGCGAUGGAUAUCUUGUAUCGGAAGAACGUGUUCGGCGCUCCAAUCGCCGACCCCAGCAACCCUGAAAACAUCACCGACAGGGCUUCCGAUCGCUACAUGGGUUUCAUUGAUUUCGCCAGGAUGCUUCUUUGGUGUCUCCAUAAAUCCGAAAAGCUUCACGCCAAACCCACCACUGAUUUCGACAGCAUUUCGACAAUGCUCCACAAGAAUCCUGAAAUCGCAGACACGAAGGUGGGAGAGCUAGCAAAGUCAUUUCUUUGGGAUCCGUUUUUCCCAGUUCAUCCGGAGGAUACUCUGUUUCAUGUCCUGCUGCUUCUUUGCAAGCACCAGCUCCAAGCUGUUCCCGUUGUAGAGGAGUCUGAGCUUCAAGUCAUAGGCUUUGUCACUCAGAAUGCAGUGAUCCACUUGCUGCUUCAAUCAACCGGGCUCGAAUGGUUCGACGCCAUUGCUGACAAGCCGUUAUCAGACUACUGCCGAGAAGAGCAUCUGGUCACUGUGUAUGGAGACCAAAGCUUAGCGGAAGCUCUUCACCUACUAUGGGGAACACAAAUCGGUGUCAUCGCUGUAGUGAGCCGAGCAAAUGAGAAGGUCAUUGGCUGCAUCAGGAACAGUGACGUCUAUAUCCUUUUAGAGAAUGAUGACCUAUUCAGCAACAGGAAGAGCAUAACAGCAGAGGAGUUCAUUCAUACAGAAAGAAAUGAGAAUGCAGAUUGUGAUCCUACCAUUCAGAGAGACUUAGGAGCGUUGCUUUCGGCCGGAACGCUGAAACUGAAGAACAACUUUCUACCAAAGAUGGAUUCAGUAGUUGCCAACAAGAGAAGUGACACCCUGAAGCAGGCGAUGAUGAAGUUAUCUGAGACAAAUAGCAGUUUCAGCUUCAUUGUUGAUCAAUCGAUGCGGCCCACUGGGAUUCUCCUGUCUCGGGAUGUCAUUGUUCAGUUUGCUCCACCAGGCAUGGAUUCAAGCUUUCAAGGAGAAGGGUUCUUUGAGUUUGCGCUUGAGCAAGCUGGUUGCCAGGAGAAGAAUGGCGCUGUUAUUUGUGACCAUCAAUCUUCUUCCAGUAGACUUAUCAAAGCAACAACUGACAGUGCAUCUUAA